UUGUCUCAGACAAUCAACGGGGAUUGAUUUUGCCAGCUUCACGGGCUACAUGUCUCUUGGGAUCUGCCUCGUCCUCCUCACCUCCUUUCCCUUCCUGCGGCUGCUCUACUGGAACAAAAAGCUCUACAACAAAGAGUCCAUCGAGAUAGUGGAGCUCAAGCAUGAGAUCCUGGUCUGGAGGCAGACGGCUCAGCGCAUCAACCCGGCCAGCCGAGAGGAGACGGCGGUGAAAUGCCUCCUGAUGCAAAAAGUCCUCAACCUGGAGAGUCUGCUCCGCAAGAUGAUGAAGACCUUCCAGAGAGAAAUUUCUCAAGAGGACAAGAACUGGGAGCAAAACAUUCAGGAACUGCAGAAGAAGCACAGAAUAACCGACACGGUGCUCUUGGUGAAAUGUGUGUCUGUCCUCACCGUGGUGAUCUUCAUGUUCUUCCUCAACUCCUUUGUUCCCAGCAUUCAUCUGGAGCUCGGUUGGAUCGCUAUCCUGGGUUCACUGUGGCUUCUGGUUCUGGCCGACGUCCAGGAUUUCGAGAUCAUCCUGCAUCGGGUGGAGUGGGCCACGUUACUGUUCUUCGCUGGCCUCUUCGUUCUGAUGGAGGCUUUAGCUCAGCUGCAGCUCAUCGACUACAUUGGAGAACAGACGGCGCUGCUUAUAAAAGCGGUGCCAGAGGACCAGCGCUUGGCUAUAGCCAUCAUCCUGGUGAUGUGGGUCUCGGCUCUGGCUUCUUCUCUCAUUGACAACAUUCCCUUCACCGCCACCAUGGUGAGAGGCUGCAGCACAUCAAGUCCUCAAUGGUCCUUGAUGUUACACAGUAUU